CCUGCCGCCAGAAGCGUUGGAUGCACUUCCGGCGUGCGUACGCCUCCUCUUGCGCUCUCCUGUUAAUGGCGGGCGGCGGCUGCUGAGCGGUUUGCAGAUAACCGCUGCCCGCACGGGGAAAGUCUGCCCUGCCUUCUACUUUCUGUUCGCAGCCGGUGCCGGAGCUCGCCAGCAUGUCUGUGGUACCGCCCAAUCGCUCGCAGACCGGGUGGCCCCGGGGAGUCAAUCAGUUUGGCAACAAGUACAUCCAGCAGACCAAGCCCCUCACCCUGGAGCGCACCAUCAACCUGUACCCUCUUACCAAUUAUACUUUUGGUACAAAAGAGCCCCUCUAUGAGAAGGACAGCUCUGUUGCAGCCAGAUUUCAGCGCAUGAGGGAGGAAUUUGAUAAAAUUGGAAUGAGGAGGACUGUAGAAGGGGUUCUGAUUGUACAUGAGCACCGGCUACCCCAUGUGUUACUGCUCCAGCUGGGAACAACUUUCUUCAAAUUACCUGGUGGUGAACUUAACCCAGGAGAAGAUGAAGUUGAAGGACUAAAACGCUUAAUGACAGAGAUACUGGGUCGUCAGGAUGGAGUUUUGCAAGACUGGGUCAUUGAUGACUGCAUUGGUAACUGGUGGAGACCAAAUUUUGAACCUCCUCAGUAUCCAUAUAUUCCUGCACAUAUUACAAAGCCUAAGGAACAUAAGAAGUUGUUUCUGGUUCAGCUUCAAGAGAAAGCCUUGUUUGCAGUUCCUAAAAAUUACAAGUUGGUAGCUGCACCAUUGUUUGAAUUGUAUGACAAUGCACCAGGAUAUGGACCCAUCAUUUCUAGUCUCCCUCAACUGUUGAGCAGGUUCAAUUUUAUAUACAACUGAAUUCCUACACAAUGGAGAAGUCAAAGAAGCCGUCUCUGUGAGCACAGCUAUACACAGUGUAGAAGAAUAAAUGUGGUAGAAAAGUCUUUUGGUUUUAUCUCUUUUCUGAUCUCCAACUUGCUGCCUACUUUCUAUUGUUUGAAUAGUAAAGUUAACAUGAAGAACUAACUAGAUAGUGGUGUAAGCAAAUGUGAUAAUGUUUAUUUACUUUUGGUUCUACUCAUUCUUUUUUGUACAACAUUAAAGAAAAUGGACUU